CAGAAAGAGUAAUACAGAGUGAGAGAUGGUGAGGCUUCUACUCUGCAACUCCUCACUAUCGCCACUCUCCCCUCCACCACCGCCGCCGACGAAGCUAGAACUCGUAAUUCCUCCGCUCAGUAACUCCAUCCCGAUAAGCAAUUCAGAUUAUUCGCAGAGGAUUCCGUCAAUUUCGCAGGCAUUUAGCUCUACUCUGAUCUCCCUAGCACUCUCCCUAGGGCUUUUCUGCGCGUCUCCGUCGCAUUCAACCGCCCUAGAACCAGUUCCUCCGCAGCAAGAGCUGAUUUGCCGCGAAUUCGAUGAUUACGUGGAUGAUAAAUCGACGGGGGAAGCGGUGACGAAUGAGGAAAUCGUGGAAGAGGCGUGGCAAAUUGUGAACGAUAGUUUCCUCGAGACGGGGCGGCACCGGUGGUCUCCUGAUUCGUGGCUUAAGAAGAAGGAGGAUGUUUUAGGCAGCUCGAUUCAGUCGCGAUCAAGAGCGCACGAUAUCAUUAGACGGAUGUUGGCGAGCUUGGGAGACCCCUACACGCGUUUUCUCCCUCCCGCUGAUUUCGCCAAGAUGGCAAGGUAUGAUAUGUCUGGAAUUGGGAUAAACCUGAGGGAAAUUCCAGAUGAAAAUGGAAAGGUGAGAUUGAGGGUGUUAGGACUUCUUCUGGAUGGCCCUGCCCACAUUGCUGGGAUUAAACAGGGUGAUGAACUCCUGGCUAUUAAUGGAGUGGAUGUGAUAGGAAAAUCAGCAUUCGAAGCAUCAUCAAUGUUACAAGGACCCAGUGAAACAUUUGUUGAUGUCACGGUCAAGCAUGGGAACUGUGGGCCUGUACAAUCAGUGAAGGUGCAGAGGCAAUCUGUUGCCAAGUCUCCAGUUUUUUACAGGUUGGAACAGGUUAAGAAUGGGCAACGUACUGUUGGUUACGUUCGCCUAAAAGAGUUCAAUGCUUUGGCCAGGAAAGAUUUGGUUACAGCAAUGAGAAGACUUCAAGACAUGGGUGCUUCUUACUUUGUCCUGGAUCUUAGAGAUAAUCUUGGUGGACUAGUGCAGGCUGGCAUUGAAAUUGCAAAACUUUUCCUUGACAAAGGACAAACAGUGACUUACACAGUUGGUAGGGAUCCACUAUCCGUGAAGAAUAUUGUCACUGAAAGUUCGCCUUUAUUUAGUGCACCUGUUAUUGUCUUGGUGAACAAAAAUACAGCCAGUGCAAGUGAAAUUGUUGCCACUGCGCUUCAUGAUAACUGUAAAGCUGUGCUUGUGGGUGAAAGGACAUAUGGAAAGGGCUUGAUCCAAUCUGUUUUUGAGCUCAACGAUGGGUCUGGCGUGGUGGUAACCAUUGGGAAGUAUGUCACACCAAAUCAUAUGGACAUUAAUGGCAAUGGAGUUGAUCCUGAUUUUCGCAACUUUCCUGCAUGGAAUGAAGUCGCCAGAUACCUGUCUUCUUGCCACAAACCACAAGAAGGAUGAAUUGAUGUUAUAUUCUUUUUAUCCAGCUCUCUCAUAUGCACCACUUCAGCUCAUGAAGUGAUUGUAAUUUUUUGUGGUGAUUGGUCUUCGGGUAAAGAGGGACAAUUCAUCACAUCCUACAUCCAGAUACUGUCCAACCCUCGUGGCUGAUGCACAUUCCCGCUCUUGAUAUCUUGAGCUGCGGUGGCGAAUAUCAAGAUUACUGGCUGCUCAGUUUUGCCUGUUUUUUUGGUUUUGUUACCUAUACCACAGUGACAGGAUACUGUAUAUAACCAAUUUCUCAACCAGUUGAAGAACCCUUAUGGUUGAGUGAGGGAUUUUGUUAUUGAAUAUGUACAGUAUGUCACUAAAUACCCCAUAAUCAAUGAACUACUUUAUUUGCAUUUUUCUUUAA